GUAAAUACCUACGUAUACAUGAUCAUUCGAUCUCUAAUACGAUGCUUUACAUACGCCUAAAGUCAUAAAAACAUACAUCAAUAUGUAUUCCAGAAUUAACAACAAUAACAACCCCUAAAGUAACAUAUUCAAUCCGUUUGUAGUUUAAAUAAAACCAAUAAAAGUAGGGAGAAAACGCUUCGUUGAUACAGACAAAAUACCAUUGAAAUUGGGACAUUGCAUAACGGGCAGAAGAACUCCAACAGAACAAGAACACCCUGUAUUUAAGAGCGGCGUGACGGCGUCUCCUCGUGCCAUGAGGAAGUCUUUGCAUUCUACCUUAGACUUGGUCCACUUUUACUUCGACUGAGAUAAUUUACGGCACUCGGUAUUACUUCAUUACGCGAGAGCUCGAUAGGAAGAAAGCGAUACUACCCGAUCUGGAUCGCGUUUUGCGAUAAAAAUUAAUAAGAAACGAAGAAUCGAAAGUCGACCUUCGAGUAUUCGAAUUCUUCGCGAAGACCUAAAACUUCACGAGUUCAUUUUUAUCAUCCACUUUUCGACUGUUUGGAGUUCUUUAAUGCACUUGAUUUGAUACAAUCAUUGGUUUGUAUCUAAAAGUUUUUUAUCAAUGAAGGUUUGUGUCUAUCUAAUAAUGAUGCAGGUAUUUGUGUAUAUUGCUCUGCUCGAGUAGCAAUUUCUCGCAUAAAAGCGACCAUUCCCUUUCCUAUGAUGAAUAUUUCACGAACGCCAAAGAUACCGGAAAGGAAUACAAAACAAGAAGCGGUCGGAUUCGCACCGCUCAAGAAAUGUGACGUUCAGUUUGCCGUCUGCAAGCGACUAAAAAACUCUCACUCUCUAUAGCACGAUAUUGCGUACCGAUACUUUUGUACAGUUUUUAUGCCGUAAUUGGUGGUGUAAAAAGGUGAAGUGGUAAAUUUUGUUGAUUAGUGGAAAUUUUGGAAAAUUUAUCUGGUUUUUACAAAGGACUUGGAUAUCGACCGGAGGGAUAAAAGUCGAUAAAAUGAAUUUACAAAUCGCAACGUCUUAGCCAUGUUCCUUUUUCAUCUUGCGAGCAAGAUAAGGAAGGGUCACGUACGUCGAAGGAUAAAAAUGAAAAUUCGUCCUCCGGAUUAGUGCAUUCGAAAUAAAAAAAAAACCUAAUAUCGCAAAUAGCACUUCUAGUCAAAAACCCAACUGUGAUAAAUCAUUACCAUCCGAAUUCCACUUAAUUACAUUCGCAAUGGUAUUGGAAACGCUCCUGGUGCAAACGGCCCUAAAGACCGUGGGCAUAGUGGGAUCCACUUUGUGGUUGAUACCGCUCAUCCUGGCCGGAUUGUCGUUCAUCAAUUACAACAGAUACGAUCCCGAAGCGCACGUGAACAACGCCCGCAACCUGUACAGGGACUACGAUUUCAUUGUGGUGGGCGGCGGAUCGGCGGGCGCCGUCGUCGCCUCCAGGCUAUCGGAAGUCCACAAAUGGAAGGUGCUUCUGCUGGAAGCCGGAUUCGACGAGAACGAGAUCAGCGACGUGCCCUCGCUGGCGGCCUAUUUGCAACUGUCCAAAAUGGAUUGGGCCUAUAAAACGGAAUACACUGGCAGGGCCUGCUUGGGGAUGAAGAACGGCCAGUGCAAUUGGCCCAGGGGAAAGGUGCUGGGCGGUUCGAGCGUGCUCAACUACAUGUUGUACGUGAGAGGAAAUCGACACGAUUACGAUUUGUGGGAGCAAUUAGGUAAUCCGGGUUGGAACUACGAAAGCGCCCUCCACUAUUUCAAAAAGUCCGAAGACAACAGAAACCCCUACUUAGCGAAGACCCCUUACCACUCGCAAGGUGGAUUGCUGACGAUACAAGAGUCGCCUUGGAGAACCCCCCUGGUGAUAGCCUUUUUGGAAGCCGGAUUGGAAAUGGGGUACCCGGUGAGAGACAUCAACGGCGCCGAACAGGCGGGUUUCAUGGUAGCCCAAGGGACGAUCAGAAGAGGGUCGCGUUGCUCGACGGCCAAAGCCUUCCUCCGGCCUGUGAAACUUCGAAAAAACAUGCACGUAGCUCUAAACGCGCACGUCACCAAAGUGCUCAUAAACCCCACCAACAUGCGAGCCUUCGGAGUCGAAUUCGUUCGAAACGGCAGAAAACAAAUAGUAACCGCCAGAAGGGAAGUCAUCCUCUCGGCGGGCGCCAUAAACACGCCCCAGAUACUGAUGCUCUCCGGCAUCGGACCCAAAAGCGAGCUCCGCAAGCACAAUCUGCCGGUGCUGAAGGACCUGCCGGUGGGAGAGAACCUCCAAGACCACGUCGCCAUGGGCGGGCUCACCUUCAUGAUCGACAAGCCGGUGUCGAUCGUCCAAGAUCGCCUCCAGGCCUUCCCCAUGACCAUGCAGUACGUGGCCCACGAGCGCGGACCCAUGACCACCCUCGGAGGGGUGGAGGGACUCGCCUUCGUCAGCACAUAUCUAGGAAACCGCUCCUGGCCGGACAUCCAGUUCCACAUGGCGCCGGCCAGCAUCAAUUCCGACGCCGGGGCGCGCGUCCGGAAAGUCCUCGGCCUCACCGACGAUCUGUACAACACCGUCUACAAACCCAUCGCCAACAAGGACGUCUACACGCUGAUGCCCCUGUUGCUACGACCGAAAUCCCGGGGAUGGGUCAGGCUGAAGAACGCCAACCCGUUCGCGCCCCCUUUAAUCAACGCCAACUAUUUCGACGAUCCCGUCGACAUCAAAACCUUAGUCGAAGGUGCGAAAAUAGCCAUGAACAUCAGCAAAACGCGGGCGUUCAGGAAAUUCGGCAGCCGCUUGCACAGCAUCCCGUUUCCCAAUUGCAGGGAAUUCGAAUUCGCCAGCGACGCGUACUGGGAGUGCCAUAUCAGGACGAUAUCGAUGACGGUGUACCACCCGGUGGGUACGUGCAAAAUGGGACCGGCUUGGGACGAUCGAGCGGUGGUCGAUCCGAGAUUGAGGGUGUACGGCGUCGGGGGUUUGAGGGUGGUGGACGCUUCGAUAAUGCCAACGAUUCCCAGCGGCAACACCAACGCCCCGGCCAUUAUGGUGGGCGAAAAGGGCGCCGAUUUGAUCAAGGAGGAUUGGCUGGGCGGCGGGUACGAUUAGGUAUCGCUUAGUUUGUAUAAUGGUUGUACAUAAAUUUUAUUGUGUUUUAAAUAAAAUUGUUUUGUUUGAGUAUAAAGUUC